CUCUUAUUAAUAGCGUAAUACGACGUCGGUUCUUGCAUCAAAAAAUGUGUACGUUACCCCGUUUUUAAACUAAGAACACAAGAAUUAAGAUUUGCUUUUCCAUAACCUUCUGCACCGCUUUCUCCUUCCCAUCACCACCAUUUUCACUGUUUUGUCAGUCUCACUCUCUUUCUCUCUCCUCCAUUUUUCUCUCUCCUCUAAACCAGAAACCUCCAUUUUUACUCCAAUCUCAAGCUCUCUCUCUACAUUUUCUCACCAACUUGCACUUUCUCUCUAAUAAUACUCUAUUUUUUCCCACCCAUAAACCUGUAAAUUAAAUUUUCUCACUUGGGUUUUAACUGAAGGAGUUAAAGUUCUCAACUUUUUUGCUUAAAUCGUCAAAUUCCUCAUCUGGGUAUACUCAAUAACCCUGAUUUUUACUUAAAGUUGCCUAAUUACUCUGUAAUUAAGAAAUGGGGUGUGCUCAAUCAAGAAUAGACAAUGAAGAAGCAGUAUCCCGUUGCAAAGAGCGCAAAAUCUUGAUGAAAGAAGCAGUUUUAGCCCGAAGCGCCUUCGUUGUAGGACACUCUGCCUACGCAAUCGCCCUUCGAAACGCCGGGUCGGCGCUGAGUGACUACGGCCACGGCGAGACCUCAGCUGACACGGCGCCCCCGCCGCCACCCGUGUCAGCUGCUGAACCCCCACCACCCCCACCUCCACCGCCACAAGAGCCACUCCCUCCUCCUCCCCCUCCAUUGCCUGUCUUUACCCCUUCUCCCCUUCAGCGGUCCGUUACAAUGCCGGAGUUUUCGGCUUCAAAACUGGGGGUUUCAAGAAUGGGAUCGCUAGAGGAGGAGGAGGAAAGUGGUGGUGGUGAUGAUGAGAAAGUUGGGAGAAGGGAAGAGGAGAGUGGUGUGAAAGGGAUGGCUUGGGAUUAUUUCUUUAUGUCAGAUGAUAAUAAUAUGAUGGGUGGUGGUGGGUUGGAUGAAAUUGAUGAGGGUGAGGAAGAGGAAGAAGAAGAGGAGGAUCACAGAGAAAAUUUGGGAACUCCGUUUAAAACCCCCGUGAAGACGCCCGGUGAGGUGGUUGGGAUGGGGAUUGAGACGCCACCCCCACCGCCUCCCGAGGCGGCAGUGAGGCAUUUUCUGCAUUCUAACUCCGCACCAUCCGAGGUUUUGAUGGGAAGUAGUAAGGUGGUGGAGAAUCCUGAUGGUAUUGUUAAUAGUAAUAAAGUUAAUUUGAUGAAAGUUUUAGGGGAGAUUGAUGAUUAUUUUCUCAAGGCUUCAGAAUGUGCUCAAAAUGUUACUAAGUUGUUGGAAGCUCAUAAGUUCCAAUAUCAAUCUAGUUUUGCUGAUAAUAAAGUGCCCGUUGAUCAUGCUGCUAGAGUUAUGCGUGUCAUUACAUGGUCAUCAAAGGGAGUUCUUGAUGGUGAAAAAACUGACCUUGAAGACAGUGAGUCACUUGCAACUGUCUUGGAUAAACUGAUGGCUUGGGAAAAAAAGCUGUAUGAAGAAGUUAAGGCUGGUGAGCUAAUGAAGCUGGAGUAUCAGAGGAAGGUUUCAGUUCUUAAUAGACAGAAGAAACGUGGUGCUACUGCUGAGUCGCUAGAGAAAACAAAAGCAGCCGUUAGUCAUUUGCACACUCGAUAUAUUGUUGACAUGCAGUCCAUGGAUUCAACUGUAUCAGAAGUGAAUGAUUUGCGAGAUCAGCAGUUGUACCCUAAACUUGUUGAACUAAUUGACAGAAUGGCUCAGAUGUGGGAGGAUAUCAGCAUACACCAUGAUAACCAGCUGCAGGUUGCUACCGAACUCAAAUCCCUCGAUGUGAUACUUGCUCCCCGGGAAACUAGCAAGCCCCACUAUCAGUGCACAAUCCAACUCUCCAAUGUCAUUCAACAAUGGCAAGAGCACUUUGAGAGACUAGUAGACCAUCAGAAACACUAUAUCCGGUCUCUAAACACCUGGUUGAAGCUAAACCUCAUCCCAAUUGAAAGCAGUCUAAAGGAUAAAGUUUCUUCCCCACCCCGAGUCCACCACCCCCCAAUUCAAUCCCUCCUCCAUGCAUGGCAUGAUUCUCUAGAGAAACUCCCUGAUGAGGUCACAAGAACAGCAAUUUCCUCCUUUGGUGCUGUGAUCAAGACCAUCAUAUUGCACCAAGAGGAAGAGAUGAGGUUGAAGGAAAAAUGUGAGGAGACAAGGAAAGAGUUUUUAAGGAAGAAUCAGGCAUUUGAGGAUUGGUAUCACAAGUACAUGCAACGGAAGGGUCCGGAAGCAAUGGACCCCGAGAGAGGUGAAGACGGGCCUGGAAAGGAUCCGGUAACGGACAGACAGGUUGUGGUGGAGACCUUAAGGAAAAGGUUGGAGGAAGAGGUGGAGAAACACCAGAGGCAUUGUGUUCAAGUUAGAGAGAAGUCACUUGGAACCCUUAAAACACGGUUGCCCGAGCUGUUUAGGGCUUUGUCAGAAUAUGCUCAUGCCUGUUAUGAUGCUUAUAAUAAACUGAGGGCUAUUGUACUUUCCCAUAAUUCCAAUGGUGUUCCUUCUUGACACUGUAAAAACUGUUUUAACUGUUGUAUUAUCUAUGCUUUUGUACAAGCAGUAGUAUUUAAAAUGGGUUAAUAUGAGUUUCUUA